UCUUUUUUGGGGGGGGGAGGAGGUAGAGACCUUGAGAAGCAGCAGCUUUUAAGCUUCGGGGACGACGCUGACGAUUGUUGAUUUUUUUUUUUUUUCUGUGUCAGGUGAGGAAGACAUCGCAAGGACGUUCUUUGCAUGAAAAGUGAAAUCGAGGGGUAAGUUUGGAGGUGAGGUAGAUAAGGGAGAGGUAGAGGGAGGUGCGGCUGAGGUUGGAGUAGGAAAUAUGACAGCACUUGAACAUUGGCCCAGAGGUGGAGCGCUCGGCGAUGUCUUCCCCAGCUGAAAUGGAAGAAAGCAAGCAAGCAGGAAUGGCUCAAGGCAUCUCCUUUCUGAUCGUACUGCUCUGCUUUGGCACCCUGCUGUUCACCGUCACCUGGUACUUGAUUGAUGACGAAAGUCCGGUGGGUACUUACAAACCACCACAUCAGAUGAAAGGUUCGCCUAAUCCCUCCGCGCUUUGUAAAGGCUGCAAGGAACUGAUUGAUAAUGUGUUGAAGCGUCACUCGAAAAUCUGGAAGAAGAACGAGACCAACUACCGAGCGUUUACCUCCAGGCUGAGCAGAUCAUGUCGAGGCUACGAGAGGGCCAUCGUCACGCAGGCAAACAUGCCUAUCGGAACCAAGAUGCAAUACGAUGGCGAAAAAAACAAGAUCCUGCAGGUGACGCCAAACAUCUUUAAGACCUUCGUAAAGGAGCAUCCGUUCGCGAACAGGUCAUUCGACACGUGCGCCGUGGUGGGGAACGGAGGCAUCUUGAUGGACAGUGGCUGUGGGAAAACCAUCGACUCGGCCCAGUACGUGAUAAGGUGCAAUCUACCGCCUUUGAACGAUGAAUACAGCCAACACGUGGGCGUCAAGACUGACCUCGUCACGGCCAACCCGAGCAUCCUGGUAGAAAAGUACGAUUCUCUGGUGGGACGACGGCGGAAUUUUGCGGAGAGACUCCAGUCCUACGGCAAGGCCUUGGUCCUCCUUCCCGCCUUCUCCUUCAUUGGCAACACAGGUCUGUCAUUGAGGGCGGUCUACACCAUGGACGACUUUGACAGCACCACUCAGGCCGUCUAUUUCAACCCGGAAUAUCUACGCGACCUAUCCCGCUUCUGGAGCAGCAACGGCAUCAAGGCCCGCCGGCUCAGCACGGGCAUCAUGAUGGCCAGCAUGGCUCUGGAGGCCUGCUCCAACGUGCACCUGUACGGCUUCUGGCCCUUCAGCAACCACCCGCACGGCCUUUACACAAUGACUAAUCAUUACUACGACGACAAGAAGGUCAACGCCCAGUUCCACGCCAUGCCCGUUGAGUUUGAAAUGCUGCUGAAGCUGCACAGCCAGGGCAUCCUCAAGCUUCACCUCGGGGAUUGUCCAACCGAUAAAAAGCCGUGACUCAUUUGCACUGGAGAAAACACUGAAGACUUUUCAAACUGGAAGGAUGAGCUAUUGUUUUUAAAAGCCACAUUGAGGCAUUUGAAGGAACUCACACAGUGCAAUUAGAUUAUUUUUUUUUUUUUCUCAAAAGGAACGAGAAUUCUGUCAUCCCUUCAUGGAAAGAGUCUUCCAGAUCUUCUCAUCCAGGAAUUGUCAGAUGCUCGUUUUUUCUUUCUUUUUUUUAAUGCAGAUUUUACUCAAUUGAUUUGGGGGACACAACUGUGAAUUGAGCAUUUUGGGUGAGAAUUGGGGGCUUUUGUUGUUCUUUUGGAUGGUUCCUAUCAUUCGCUCACAUUGAUUGUUGUUCAUGUUGAACCCGCACAGACUGGAGGUACUUGUUGGGAACAUUAAUAAGCAAGAAAUGAGCCAAAGCACUGUUCAGUGCUGACGCAUAAUAAGCAAACGUUUUCUAGCUGCACUGAGAAGAAGACAUUCUGUUCUUUUGAAGGCAACUUCAUUGGAGGUUAACAUGUUGUGCCUGAUUAGCAUCAGAAUAAAAAUAGAUGAAUGUUGAAAAUGAAAGCUUUGCUGUUAAUUGUUGUAUAGUAUCGGCAAAUAAAACUCUAGCAAAUAAAAAAA